UUUGUAAGAUUAUUUAAUUUACUUUCCCCACCCCACCCCACCACUACUACACCUCCACUUUCCUCAACAAGAUCGAAACCUAAACAUCACUCACCCAUCUUCUUCAACUUCCUCCUCCAUGAUCCGCCGACACUAGCCUGACUGAGAAUGUUCACCGCCGCUGCUAUUUGGCGCUGCUUCUCCCCAUUCAAGAUUCUCUUCAACUCACUCACCAUUCUAUCCACCAACAAGCUCCUCUUCACAACCCUCUUCAUCUUCACCAUCCUCCCUCUCUCAACCCUCACUAUCUACCAAUCCAUCGUCACAAAACCACUCACUUCUCAAAUCCGCCACCUCGAAGUCCUCGCUCACUUCGCUUCAACCCAAUUCGAAGCACGCCAUGUUAGACACGAAUCUCGAAACGACGCUGUUUUCCUCAUCCGUGUUAAAGCCCUUUUCUCUUUCCCUUCUUACAUCAUCUCCCUCAUCUCCACUCUCUCCGCCGUCCACUCCUCUCUCCUCGCCUCCCAUAACAUCACCCCGACGCUCCACUCCGCCGUCGCCUCCUUCAAACCCAACCUCACGCGCCUUUUCGUAACUUCCAUCUUUGUCUACGCUAUCCUCUUCGUUUUCUCCUCUUGGCCUCUCUUCUUAACCGCACUCACCGGGUCGAAUACUUUCAUCUUCUUAAUCGGGUCGGGUCUCGAGGUUUACUUGAUGGCGGUGUUGAAUGUCGGUCUGGUGGUGUCCGUCGCCGAAGAUAGAUUCGGAUGGGAUGCUAUUAGAGUCGGAUCCGGUUUGAUGGAGGGAAACCGGGUUUGCGGGUGGAUUCUUUCGGGUUUAUUUAUGUGGGUUUCGAGUUUGAUCGGGUUGAAGAUCGACGGUAAGGAUUCGUUUGAAGAUAAAGCGGUUGUGAUAGUUUGUUAUGGAUUUGUGGUGCUAUGGAGUUACGUUAUAAUGACGGUUUUCUAUUGUGAGUGUAGAAAACGGCAUCCAGUUAAGGAAUUUCACCAAAUAGAGGAAGAAGAUCAAGAUCAAGAAAAUCAACUUUCUGUAUUAUAACAAUGUACUUUGUUUUUGUUCUUGCUGUGUUGCUCUAUCUUUUUGUAGAAAUUGUAGAUUUGAUUUCUUAGUUAAAACUAAGAAGUUUCCUAGUUAGUUGCUUUUUUUUUGUCAUACCAAUUAUUGUAUCAAAGAAGUGAAAAUGUGGGAUAACAAAUUAAUAAUCAUGAUCUUUGGAUGUA